AAUAAAAUUGAUAUUCGUUUGUAUAUAAAAAUCUCUAUGUUUACCUUUUUUAAAAAAAAUAUUUUAUUUAUUUAUGUGUUUAAAAUAGAAAAGAUAAAUUAAAAAAUUAAUUUAAAUUUAUUUGGAAAAAAUAAAAACAAUUGUCAUUAAUGACAGUCAAUAUAAUAUUUUUAAUUUAUUAAAUGUAAUUAAAUAAUUAACCGUCGUGAGAAUUAACGUGAGUGCAACACAUACGAAAGUAAUUUCUCAAAUAAUGGUAUAGAUAUACUUUCAAUCCCCUUUUUAUUUAUUUGAGGAACAUUUUUAUUUAUUAACCUUAUGCUCAUUUGUGAUUUACACAAUUGCAUUGUUUAUGUGUCAUCAUGAGAAGCCUCCUCACACUUUCUUUUAAAAAAAAAAGCCUUCACCUUGACUAGAUCAAUUACAUGUAAUGUUAUUGCAUUUUAAAACUAGAUAGUGAUUAUACUAUAUAUUUUUCACAUUAAACAUUUCAUGUCUAGGAGUUUUUACUUCUUAUAUAUAUGCGUUUGCAGUUUUUUUCCUUUAUAUGCAUAUUUAUAUAUAAAGAGCAUUAUAACAGAUUUGUUAAUAUCCUAGACGUAGCUACAUUUCUCGGAUGUACACGAAGAUAAUGUUAUCAAAACCUCAACUUAUUCUCACCUUCUCAUAUGUGUAUCUCUGAACAUAAAAGUAAUCAUAACAUCUUUGUAUUAAUCUUUGUAGAAAGACACAUUGUUUUUGUUAGUUGGAUUUUUUGUUCAGGACAAUGUUGUAUAAACAUAUAUCAUUUGUCUAAAUAUAUAUAUAUAUAAUAAACAUAUAUAUAAUCUUAUUAUAUAUGACAAAACUUAUAGAUUCAAGUAAAUAAAUAGGGAAUCAACCAUAGAAUUUAAAUAAAUAGGGGAUUUGAUGGUUUCUUUUAAUAUCAAAUCCAAUAAUAUUGGUUUUCUAUAUUUACUUGAUUCCUUUUACUAAUUUAACGUUUGACCGUGAUUUAUGCAAUAGAAAAAAUAUAGAAAACUGAUAUACGCAAUUGACAUAAUGCAAUCUGGUUUCAGUUAAUAUAGAAAAAUUACUACUAAGUUAUACACAUCUUUCAUGACCAAUUAAAAAUUAUGCAUGAAAUUGUAGGAAUAAUUUUUCCAUUAAUCUUGUGAUUGACUCAAUUAUUGUGGCCUAAACCCUAUCAAUUAUGACUAUAUAUAUCAUACCAUAUUUUCAUCUACCGUAUAUUUCUAUUGCCUAUGUUUUAUCUUAUAUCCAUAAUUUAUAUUAUGAAAGCAAGAAUUAUAUUGCUUAUGUUUUGUUUUUAUCUUAAAUUCAUAACUAAUUUUAUAUAAGUUUUUGUUUACUUUUAUAGAUGUACUUCCACAAAGCUUACCUUAUAUAAACAUACACAAUUUUGUUCAAUCUUCUACAUUUUUAAUAUCUAUAGAUUAAAAGUUCUCUUUUAAUCUAGAGAAAAUGACUAGACUAAUACAAAAAAGUGAGGUAAUGACUAGACUAAUACAAAUCUUUUGAAAAUGACUAGAGUGUUUUUAGAACCCUAGUAAAUUACUGUUUAAGCCCUUUAUUAUUUUUUUUAGUUGUGAUUAAUUUUAAUUUGAAAAUCCACAUCAGAAGUAAUGAUACCACGUCACUUAACACGAAGGAAAAUCAAACGACGAUCAUUAACUUCUCCGAGACUGUUCUCCCACUAAACCCUAACUGUUUUCGAAAUCGUGUUCACUACAACUCUUCUCGGCAAAGCGGCUUCUCUGAAAUAAUCUCCGUAAUCUUCUUCUCUAGUCUCCGUUUCUCUGAAAUCGUGUGUCCGUAAGCUUCUUCUUCAGAUUGGUUGUCUCCUCAAAUCUCCGUAAUCGUAUUCUCUGGUAUAUUUCGAGGCUUUGCUCUGAGUUUUUCGAGUAUUUGAGUGAGUAUAAUUAAUGCUGUGAGUUAGAUAUAUGUUUUGUCUGAGUUUGAGUUAGUAUUCGUUACGGCUGAUUUAGGAUCCUUAACGACUGAUUUAUAGAAGGUAAUUGUGACUGAUUUAGUAUUCUUUGAGACUGAUUUAUUUAUGUAAUGAUGGCUGAGUUAUGUUUUGUGGCUUGUUUAUUUUAUGUCUUUCUUCUGAUUUAUCAUUGAUAUGUUAUAUAUGUCUUUUUUGAUCAGAUGGAUGUUUCCGAAGAUCUAGCAAGGGAUUACCCUCCAAGACUUUACCCUGAAGGGGCUUCUAUUUUUGAAAACAAAAGCAUUAAUACGAAUAGCCAUUUUUCUGAGAUCCCUCGACUUAGACAAGCAAUUGGAAUAGAUGUGUGGGAUAAUCUGAAGACGUAUCCUGUUGGAUUGAUUGCUAAACUGGCUGAGAGCAAAUUGGUGUGGUCUGGUAAGACCGUACAUUAUCUACUUUGUAGACAGCUGCGAGUCUAUAAGAAGGAGAUUUGGUCUCUCGUUGUUGAUCAACCUCUCAGGUUUAGCUUAAUAGAAUUUGGUGAGAUCACGGGUUUAAACACAAAUCCACUGCCAGAAGAAAGUUUUGAACCUGAUCCAGAGAAUUACAAAGCGUUGUGGGAGUUGUUGAAAGUGCCGCUUGGGUACGGACCCAAGUUUGAUGAGCUUAUAGAAGCUUUAACGGAGUGUCCAUUCUGGAGUGCUGAUCAGCGGAAAUGGUAUGGGCUGUUGUUUCUUCAAGCCAUUGGACUUUAUGGCUUGCAUCAUAAUUGUAGAAUACCCUUUGAAAGUGCAAAAAGAGUAUUCGAUGAUGACGCCCUGAUGACUUAUCCUUGGGGUCGGACUGCCUAUGAAUUUCUUGUUGAUUCUAUCAAGUUGUUGCAUCCACAAGGAGGGUCGUACACCCUUAGCGGCUUCAAGGACGUGUUAUUGGUUUGGGCGUAUGAAUCUGUCACAGUGUUCGGAGAGCUUUAUGGCAGAAAAGUGAAUCCAGACGAAAUUCCGCUUUUGCGAUGGGGUGGAAGUCGUACUCGUGCAAGUCUUGCUACUACAAUAGCUAAGGAGAUGAAUGAUCAUGGAACGGUGCGUGUGAGGAAAAUGGUGAUGAAGGAGGGUCUAGAAGAGCUGUUUCCUCAGUGGAAGGAUGAAGCAGAUGACCCACAACUUGAUAACCUAAUUAAAGAUAUACAUGCAGAUAGGUUUGUUAGAGAUUUUUAUGUGCAAUCGAAUGAGAAGAACAAAAAAACGAAGGCUGGAGUUUCGUCAGAGGCUGAGCCACCCUCAAAGAAGCAGAAGAAAGGUAAGAAACAGAAGGAGGUGAAAAUCAAUGAGGGUGAAACUGCUGUUGUAGAGGAGAAGGAGAGUGCAAAAGAGAAGGGUCGUAGCGAAGCGGUUCUGCUGAACAUAGUUGCUCAUCUCGAGAAGUUGGACCGAAAAUUUGACUCGAGAUUAACAGAAUACGACACCAAGUUUGGAGAUUUUUCCCAAGGCCUUUUGGAUACCAUUGGAGAUACAGUGAAAACUACAGUUGAAGAGCGUCUGAGAGUUUUGGGGGUGUCCAAUAGUAGUCAACCUGAAGGUCAACACGUGAUGGUCUCAGAAGACAACCAACAGCCGGAGUCCAAUAGUGGUCAACCUGAUGGUCAAAACGUGAUGGUCUCAGAAGACAACCGACAGCCGGACUCCAAUAGUGGUCAACCUGCAUCUAAGACCCCUAUUGAUAAACAGUCCGAAGACAGCCAACCGCAAAAGACCCCUGAUAAAGGCCAAUCUGAGAAGAAUCUGGCAGAUGAUAUUGCUAAAGCUGAUGCGAAAGGUAUGGGAGCAAAGCUGAAUUCGAAGGUUGUCAGGGAUAAGGCUGCUGGGGUGAAAAAGAACUUGGAUUCGGCGUUUGGUAAUGCCGAUGCAACAAAUGCUGAUUUGGUCUCUGAUUCUCCUGGUAAGGAACCACCAUUCGGACGCGGUUGCAGGGGCUUAGGGAAAAGAAAUAACUUAGCGGCUGAUUUGGAGAGGAAUGAAGCUGAGUUAAAGAAGAAGCAGAAGCAAGAAGAAGCUGAGUUGAAGAGGAAGAAGAAGCAAGAAGAGGCUGAGUUAAAGAAGAAGCAGAAGAAAGAAGAGGCUGAGUUAAAGAAGAAAAAGAAGCAAGAAGAGGCUGAUUUAAAGAAGAAGAAGAAGCAAGAAGAGGCUGACUCAAAGAAGGAUAUUCCUGCUUCAAAAAGGACUCGCAGUGGUACAAUAAGAAUACCCAUUCCGACUAAGCAAAUUAAGAACACCAAGUAUUCAGACGAACUGUGGCCGGAAUCUGAUGUGGAGGAAGAUGAAAGGAAAAGGUGUGGAAGAAUAAAGGAGUAUCGGCUGAAAGCUGUUCAAUUAUCUCCAGAUGGGUCUCAAAUGAGUGCGGAAUUUGGUCCUUCUGUACCAUUUCCCCACAUCGGAGACAAUGUAACGUGCAUGAGAAAAGGUUUUGAACCUUCACCUGCAAUAUAUGAUCCCCUAGGACCUGUUGAUCCGGUUAAAAGGGAUAAUCUUUUGCAACACCUAAAGCCACACGAGUAAGGACUUUUGCACCAUUUCGUUGAUUUUAGCUAAUAAAAAGAUUUUGCAGAGACUGAGUUGUGUUAAAUUAUCAGGGAAAUUCCACAUGGAGAAGCUCACGAGGAUAUUGAGUUCUACAGAAUCCUCAUCACUCCAAGACCUUGGCCCAUCAAAGAAUAUGGAUGGCUGGUUCAAAAUGUAAGUAUGCAGCUGAGUUAUAUUUACUUUACGGCUAAGUUAUAAGUAUGGUACAGCUGAGUUAUAUAUUAUCUGUGCAGCAUAUUGCUUCGUAUAUUAGAGUCCUCAUUCAAAGGUCCAAACAAGAUCCCAGCCCAUUCUGGUCCAAGCGCGUUGCCUUUAUAGACUCUUGGUUCCUUGAAUCAUGGGUUCACGAUUAUAAGCAGUUCGAAGUCAAACCGGAAAUGGUCAAAUUCAAAGGAAGUGGUUACGAGGGGUUAGCAAACGGUUUGAUCCCCACAGACAUUCAGACAAAGUUGCGGUGGUUUACAGAUGUAGAUCACUUGUAC